AUGGCAGCAUUAAAUAUAAAGCCUAUAACUGGAGUAGGAGGAGGUGGAGGCACAACAAAUUUGCUUUCCAACCUGCCUGCCACCGCGGAGAAAAAUAAACAAUGGCAACGUGAAUUACUUAUGGAACGCAUACGUUCCCAUUCGUCACAGCACAAGACGUUUCCGGAGCUCUCCAAGGCCAUGCGUAUGGGAAUGUUGGAGAAACGUUAUCCCUUGGAUGCUGUGGAAAAGGCAAAUCUACAAAAAUGUCUAGACAAUAUGCAGCAUUGUAUUAAGGUCACCUCGAGACAAGGUUUGGUGGAGAGAUUAGAAAGUCUCUCGCGUCAAUUGAGUUUGAAAUUUUCCGAUGACUCAAAGGCCCUCUUCAUUUCCACGGAUAUGUUUUAUUUGGAGAUUUUAUUAGACUCAAAUGGUUCGCUGACAGAUGUAAAGGUCCAUCAUGAAUCCAAAGUGGAACAACAGUCCUGCAGUGAAUUGGUCGACUGUUUAAAUCGUGGUGACUUUGCAGAUUUUACAGCCCAACUGGAGGGGUUCUCUUCGAUUUAUCAACUAAAUGCCGAAUCGAAAGUUAAAAUCAAGGCCUACGAUGCCAUGCAAGCCAUGGAAACAGAUUUGUAUAACAUUUUCCAGAUGCAAAAUUUCUCAAAAGAUGCCGCUCAAGUGCUGCAAGAUUCCGCUGUGGGUAUUGUAAUGCAACGCCGUGGCGGUCAUCCAAUGCGUUUGGUAUAUUUCGUAUCACCCUAUGAUUUAAUAUCGGUGGAAAAUAAGACGUUGCAACCCAUUACCCUGGAUACAUUUAAUAAUAAAUCGAUAGGAUUUAGUGUUACGGUUAACCUGGAAGCUUCUUCGGCUAAUAAAUUACAAAUUUUGCCAACAGUGACAUUUUCAAAAGAUCCUCAAACCGGCAUGGAUGUACCGGUAUUUGCCCCCUUGACUCAAAUGAAUUCAAUGUUGCUGCCGGCUACUUUUGUUUUACGUUUAAAUAAACCGCUACCGGUUUGUUAUAACACCCUGCGAGGUAUGGGUUUGUGUCCCGCAGCUGGUAAUGAAAAUAGUCCAACAAUGUCAUCAUCAUCGGCUCUCGAAUCGCAAAAUAAACCACCGAUAAUUACAAAUAUUAUGAGUCUAAUUAUUCAGACGGCAUCCGAACAGCAGACGAAGACAAAUCAAAAGGGGUUGUUCGUACAUCUUCCGGAUCAGACGCAUUGCUAUUAUUUUACGGAGAAUAAGCUGAUGAAGUCCACCCUAAUACACUCGGUACCAUUCACAGAGCCCUCACAGGUCCAUAAAAUUUUGGAAUUUCUAAAAAAAAUGGCUCUGUUCUAUUCCCUGUUGGCGAGUUGUGUACGGCCCCAGGCUAAGGUGGCAGUGGAUUUAGAAUCCACCACCGUGCUGGAGGUAAAUGCCAUAUCAUUUCAACAAAUUUCCGUUGCCCUACAACAUCCCUAUGAAGAAUCAAUGGCCACGGUGGAAUUUGAUCUGCGUUCUGGCAAGCCACAAUGUAGCAUUUAUAGCAUUAGUCAUAACUAUGAAAUGUUGUCAAUGAAAUUGACCAGCAUAGCUCAGAAAUGCCUAUCGAUACCGGUAACAAUACGAGCCCUGCUAAAAUUUUGGGAUCAAGAACGUAUGCAAAUGUUUCAGCGGAAUAUGGGUGGUACACCCACUCAUGGUAUGGGUGGUGGAGUUGCAGGUGGUGGGACAGGUGUCUCGGGAAAUAUGGGUGGUGCAGCCCACUCGGCAUAUGGAAAUUUUAAUAUAACCGGAGGUGGUACAAAUGACCCAGGAGGUGGUGGCGGCGGAGGUGGUGUUGGUGGCGGUAUGCAGCGUAUGUCCACUUCGGCUGCUGUGGGGCUUAAUAUUAAAAUGGAACCCACUAACCAACAGCAACAACAACAAAGGCCAGGAGGUCUUAUGAACCAAAUGUCCACAGCCACGGGCCUGCCAGCUGCAGCUGCGGCCGCAGGUUAUCUAAAGUACAAAAAUGAAAUUAAGCAGGAGGAUUUUCAUGAGAGCCCAAAGAGUCAAAAUACAAACCUAACAAGCAAUUUAACAGCUGAUACCAUGGCUGCUGCUGCUAGCAAUCUAAUGCAAUCUAAUCUCGAUAUUAACUCUUUGGGCCAUACACAAUCGCAACAACAACACCAAUUGGAACAACAGAUUGCAGAAAAUGAAAUUGCCGAUAAAUAUAAAAAUAUAUGGAAAGAUAAAACCACAGGGCUAAAGAAUACGGUUAGCAUAACGCCGAUAAAUGCGGGUGAUACCAAUACAGGCGGAGCCAUGACCUCAUCUGCCUCCUCCUCCCCCAUGGAUGUUAAACGUACCGGUGGCAUAGAAAUCAUACCCUUGACUGGUGGUCAGGCAAAUAAUGCUUCCAAUAGUCCCAUAAAUUCAGGGGGGUCAUCGACAAUUACCAUAACACCCAUUAAUGCGGGACCCACAGCCGGCGGUGUGGCAUCUCCGGCCCAUAACAAAGACAAGAAACCCUCAAAUUCACCUUCGUAUAACGCGGCAGGCUCCUCAAUUACUACCUCGUCUAUGAACUCCAAUUCUAACGCAAGCUGCCCCUCCAACAACUCCUCCUCUUUAUUAUCAUCCUCAUCAUCGAGCAGUAAACGUUCCCUGGAAGGUUCCUCCCUGGAUGGUCAAAAGGAUAAGAAACGCAAAAAACGCCGAGAUGACUCACCCAUGGGACCACCCGAGAAAAUCUUUUCCCGGCAAAAUUCACCUGCCGGUUCUGCAGAUGCUGCAGGCGCCGUGUCAAGGAAAUUUCCCUCACCCUCUUCCUCGCCCAAAGGCUCAUCUGGAGGUUUAUUGGCUUCCUCAGUGGCGGGGUCAUCCCUCUCGGCCAGACCAAGCCCCAAACAUUCACCGGUCUAUAGCAGUCCCAAACACAAUACCGCAUCGAAUAGCCCCAAGUCGCCAUUUGGUACCCAUUCACCUAAACAUGGUUCGUCGGGGAAGCCCAGUAUGUCCACUUUGAAAAGUGCUGCAGCUGCCAGUCCCAAAGGUGACAAAUCCGGUGGAUCUUCAAUAUCAUCCGUAGCGGGUAAUACAAAUCUGGUGGCCGCUGUAAAAUCUGCCGCUGCGGCAGCUGUUAAAUCCAGCAUGGGUCUCAAUUCUUCUUCUGCUCAAUUACAACAACAACAGCAACAAAUGAAAUCGGUUCCCAGCCUAAAUCUAAUGUCGCAGUCCGCAGCACCAGCAUUUAAUACUGCCGGCAGUUCGAAUUCCGUUUCGGGUUUAGAUUUGAAUUCGGCCAUGCGUAAAGGUGUUACCACUGCGGUUAGUUUGAUGACGUCGACACCAGCUACAGCAACAACAGCAGCAACAAUAUGCAAAUCGCCAGCGUUGCAGGUGCCGGUGGACUUGGAGCGGUCGUCGGACAAAAUCAGCAACAACAAGCAGCCACGAUCACAGGCAGCGCCAAUGUCUCACCCUGGCAUCAGUGAGGAGAGGCUGGGGAAAAUGAAACACAGUUCUUCCAAUAAUGAAUAUAUGGUUAAGACAAGUCAAGAGGGUCUAAAAAUGACCAUCAAUAAAACCAGUUCAUCGAUAUCCAAGGUUUCUUCCUCCACAUGCAGCACAGCAACCUCGUCAUCAUCCGGUAAUUCCAGCUCUAGUAAAUCCUCUUUGAAAUCCUCACAGCGCACUUCCAGCAGUAAAAAGGCUCAUACGGGUUUAAAACCUGGUGUGUCCAGUGGACCGGCCUCAAAGAAAUCAUCAUCUUCGUCGGGAGCAACAUCUUCACGAUCAUCCUUAUCCACAUCAUCAUCGACAAAACAUACCUUUCAAAAAUCCAAUUCCUCCGGGAGUCUUAGUACAAAAUCAUCAUCAGGGUUAUCGUCCUCCUCAUCAAGCGGUUUUGGUUUAUCUAAAAGUCACAGUACAAAUUCAUUUGGUGAUUAUUCAAGGAAAUCAUCUUCAUCGAAGAAAUCACACAGUGCUUCCACCUCACCGGCAUUGCCCACCCCCUACACCUCAUCAUCACAUUCCCAGCCGGCCUCUCUAUUAGAUCAUCAGGCGGAUAUGUUGAAAAUCUUACAUUAUGCCUCGCCCACAAUGGCCGCCAAUAUGGAGGGUUUUAUGAAAGGUUUAAAUUCCAAAUUUCAAAUACCAAAAUUAUCACAACGUAAUGCAACAGCAACAACAACAACAUCACCAGCAGCUGCAACAACACCAGCGGCGGAUGCCAACCAACAUCCAACUGCAAUUAAUGAUAAGAAAUCAAAUGCCACACAAUCAUCUGUAUCCGUCCAUAUUUUAAAAUCAACCGCCACCUCUACCACAUCAUCAGCAUCCUCCUCAUCGUGCUCCUCCGCCACAUCCGCAACGUUAUCAUCUAACUCAACUAAAUCCUUGCCAUUGAAUUAUCUUAAUAACAGCAGCAGCACCAUCACCACAAAGACACCAGCAAAUGCAUCACAUUUGGCAGAUGAGUCGCCCUCACCACUAAUGGCGGCGGUGCAGGCAACCAAAACCACACCACCCUUGGCAA